AUAAAUUUGUCUAAUCUGCUAACAAAUAAUUUCUCUAUAAUCUUUGAAAACUGAGGUUGUUGAACAAAUAUUUCUCACCAUUCUUGAAAAGAGGGAUUAACUUUUACAUGUCUGGAAAACUUCCUGCUGUAAAUGAUAAAUUAUAUGUUUAUGAAAAUGGUUCAAUCACUUAAUUAUCUCCUUUACAAACAUCAACAAGUCAAAGUUUAUUAAUGUGUUUCUGCAGGAACCAGUGAUCAGACCACAGAGGUUCCUGUCGUCGUCCCGGACGAUCCGGACCCGACCACGAAGCAGAGACCGGGCAGGAGGACCGGCGUCAGACCCGGCGACGACUCCGACAGUGACUUCGAGUCGGACCCCCCGUCCCCGAAAAGCAGCGAGGAGGAGGAGCCAGAGGAGGAGGAGGAGGUCCUGAACAGCGAGCACGGCGAGGACACGGAGCCGGACCACCUGGGACAGAGACCUCUGCUGAUGGACUCUGAGGAAGAGGAGGACGAAGACAGGCAAAGCUCCGACUCGGACUUUGACCCCAGCAGGGUCAGGAGCCGCUCCAAGAGACCCGCGGGCCGUAAAGAACCCGCUCCAAGACCCCCGGGGACGGGUCUGAUCACGCCCCCCGUGUCCCCGAGCGGCGCCGGACCGUCGGGGGACGUGGACAUGUUCGGCGCCAUUCCCUUCCUGGGACCGGAGACCAGGGACAUCUUCAGCAAGGCUCCGUUCAGGCAGGUGGGCCUGGAGCGGACCCCCACAGACGACCUGGACGUCUUCACCAAAGCUCCGUUCAGCAGGAACCGGUCCAGGUCCAACAGGGACGUCCCCGCGGGACAAACGCCGCCCGUCUCCCCCGAGGGCAUCGACGCGUUCGGGUUCUCCCCCUUCCACCCGGGUCCGGACCCCCCCGCCACCUCCAGGAGCGCCGACGACAUCUGCCGCCUGGAGGAGUCGACCAAUCAGAGGCUGAGGCAGCGCAGCCUCCAGAGGCUGUCGUCACGCCAACGCAGGACCAAGCAGGAGGCGGGCGGCAGCAAGCGCCACCACGGGACCCCCACCGGAGCCCGCAAGACCAGCAAGCCCACCUACCGCACCCCCGAGAGGGUCCGCCGGCACAAGAAGGUGGGCCGGCGGGACUCUCAGAGCAGCAUUGAGUUCCUGAGCCCCUCGGACUCCAAGGAGAACAUCAGCGUGGACUUCCUGUCCCACGCCAAGGACCGGGCCCCGCCCCCUCCCGACGACCCCGGCCUCGACCCCUUCCACCCUCAGGACGGGGGCUCCGCCAAGUCCUGGGCCGGACCCCUGAACGGCGGGGAGAGCCGGACCAUAGACGACUUCGGGGCGGUGCCGUUCACAGAACUGGUGAUCCACAGUGGACCCCAGCAGGCCUCACAGACCCUGGACCUGGACCCGUUUGGAGCGGCACCGUUUCCCUCCAAGCAGUGACUUCCUGUCGUCCAUCUUACUAAAGACCUGGACCCAUUUAUCUGGACCUGGACCCAUUUAUCUGGACCUGGACCCAUUUAUCUGGACCUGGACCCGGUCCU